UGUUGUUCCUUUCUUGCAGCAUGUAGCUGGCUCAGUGGAGGGGGCGUGAGCUCAUGGAAGGUGGGAUGGAGCCGGCUUGGUGGGGGUGUAGUUGAACGGGGUUUUGAUCGUCUCGCGUUCCGUUGGAGGGAGGCUGGCGACAUGGGCCUUGUUUGGGGCCAAAAAACCAAAAAAGGUUGGAACCCAGCCUUUGGGUCUUGGCUUCAACCAUCUGAUAACAUUGAAGGAAGCCCUAAGUGCAGUGAGGAGGACCGACGUCGCUGUUGUUGUUGCUGCCGCUCGUGUCGGUGGCGCGCGGGAUCCGCUCGUGGUCAAAUUGGUCCGAGGCGGUGAAGGUGCUGGCCCACUGCGCGAGGCCCUAGUUUCAUCGUGGUAGGUGUGGAGUUGAGGAACAGCGAGUCGUCAUCCUGAUUCAGGGUAGAACGUUGCACAACGUUGGCCGAUGGAGUUCAACCGUAUCUUCGACAGUGAGGGUCAAGACUCGGAUGGGGACAGUUCAGAUGAUUGUUCUGGACAUUAUCAUGGUACUGACGAAGAAUACGAUGAAGAGGAGGGUUUUGAGGCCCAAUGUGGUCCCAAAGCGAGGGAAAAAGGUGUUGGUGAUGGGGUCAAUUGUAGGGGGUCUGGCAGUGCAAGUGAGGAGGCAGGCGGCAUGCCAAGCCGGCAAGUCUUCGCGGAUGACUUCCUGGGCAGAGAGUUUGCAACCGAGGAGGAUGCUUACGCUGCGUACAAGGAGUUUGCCAGAGUCAGGGGUUUUGGAGUUCGGAAGGGAGAUGUAGCUCGGGUUAAUGGGGUUUUGGUCAGAAGAGACUUUUUUUGCCAUCGACAAGGGACAAGACAUCCCAAGCACUACGACCGUCCUGAGCGAGUAAGGGAGGAGAGGCUCGAGAGCCGGACGGAUUGUAAGGCAAAGUUAAAGAUUUACUACGAUGUGCAACACAGCGUUUGGAAGGUGAGAACCAUCAUGGACGAGCACAACCACGAGCUUGCCCCGGCGAUGUUCACACAUCUCCUCCCCAGUCACCGGAAGAUGAGUGACGGCGAUAAGGCACAAGUGGAUAGUUUCAAACAGUUUGGGAUUGCAACAUCAAAAAUAAUGGCUUACAUGGCUGGGCAGUCUGGUGGAUAUGGCAUGCUUCGAUUUACGAAGAGGAAUUUGUAUAAUUAUGUUCAUCGGCAAAGGGUUGCGCGAAUAUGUGAUGGUGAUGCAGCAGCAACUAUCAGUUACUUGGAAGGGAAGGCGAAUGCAGACAUGAUGACGGUCGCACGCUACACACGGACUGAAGAGAAUCGUUUGGGUAGCCUAUUUUGGGUGGAUGGUGAGAUGAUGUCGGAUUAUCAGGUCUUUGGUGAUGUCCUGGCAUUUGAUUCCACGUAUCGUUCUAACAAGUACAGGAAGCCGCUGGUGGUUUUCUCUGGUUCAAACCACCACAGACAGACAUGCAUAUUCGGGUUCGCGCUACUGGAGGAUGAAGAGGUUCGAACUUACCGGUGGGUGUUGUUGAACCUGUUGGAUGUUAUGGGACAGAAGAAGCACUGUGUAGUGGUGACGGAUGGGGACAAGGCGAUGCGUACUGCAAUUGCGGAGGUGAUGCCAAGCGCGACGCAUAGGCUGUGCGGGUGGCACCUGGAGAAGAACUGCGUUCAAAGGGUUAAGGACACAGAAUUCCGCAAGGUUUUUAAGAAAGCUUUGUAUGCAAAUUUUGAAAUCGACGACUUUGAGGAGUAUUGGAAGACAUCGGUUGAGUCGCUCGGCCUACUUGAUAAUAUUUGGGUUCAAAGCACAUAUGAAACCAGAGAAAGCUGGGCAACGGCCUACCUAAGGGGCACCUUCUGUGCGAGAUACAGGACUACUUCAAGAUGUGAAGGCAUAAAUGCUUUUAUUAAGGGAUUUCUUAAAUCGACUGAUAGCAUUUUGGAGCUCGUACACAGUUUAGAUCAGGUUGUAAAAGAUUAUCGUAAUAAUGAAGUAACAGCCCAAUUCUAUUCCACGUGUUAUACUCCGGUGCUAACGACCGGCCUUGAUUCGAUCGAGCUGUUUGCCUCAAAGGUGUAUACACGAGCAGUUUUCAGAGAAGUAAAGAAACAGAUCAAGGGCGUUGCUACGUUACUGUUUCGGGGCAAGGAUAGCAUUUGCACCACUAGUGUAUACCAAUUUUUGAAGAUGGGAAAACCUAAGAAAACACACAAGGUGUUGUAUGAUCCGAACGAGGAAAAGAUUGAGUGUGAGUGUUCAAUGUGGAACAGUGAGGGAAUUCCAUGUAGUCACAUCUUCUGUGUGAUGAAGUACGAGGGUUUGGAACAAAUCCCGGAGAGCCUUAUUUUGAGCAGGUGGUGCAAGGAUGCAAAGGACUGGCGGUCGAAACCAUCCCAAGUUACAGAUAGCCAUCAAGGACGCUUGCUUCGAUAUGGUGCCCUUACCGGGCUGAUGAGUUUGGUUGCUAAACUUGGCUCUGAAGAUGCCGAGGAGUUUGUGGUGGCUAGGGAUGGCAUUGCCAACCUCGCGGAGGAACUUCAACGAAGAGCGUACGAUCGGGUCGGAAGCCAACUUGGGCUGUCGUCGCUGUCGGCACUCAAUGACCCACUGGUUGCAAAAACAAAGGGGGCUCCGAGAAAGGGCAAGGAACCGGAACCGGAACCGGGCACACAAUCUGAGGUUCCAACGAAGCGACGACGUUGUACAAGCUGUGGGGUUCCUGGUCAUACAAAAAGGACAUGCAGCUGGCGUCGCGAGCAUCGCGGGGCCGGCACUGAGGGUGGAAAGGUCCCAGGUUGCGUGGAGUGCUCCUCUGAUGUCCGUAGUUUCCCGUCCGCAACUGCGAAGGUGUGGGAGGCGAUUAAUUCCGACACCGGCGACAACGGCCGCACCGCUCCAACCCGUGCUGAGGGUGCAGAAAUGACGUCCAAUCAUGGCUGUAGUCGUACGGCUUGCAACCCCCUAAUGGGUGUUGGGGGUGGGGGGACAAACAUCUUUCUCGGCGGGCAACACAUUGAACAGUUCUUUGCUUCGCAAGGUUGCUCGGUCAAAAAAGGAGAGUCUCAUGGAACCGCUGCCAGCCCAAGUAUGUCUAAUCCGACAAGGCACACAAACGACGAACUGUUCGAGCAUUGGCUUUCACAGAAUGCUGCGGGAAGGCCCUCGUCCAGCAGAAGGCAUGGGUGGACAUAGAUGCAGUGACAUGGCUGUUGAGAAGAAACAGGCAUGAGCAAUUUGGCUUGCAUUAGGCAGCACCAUAACACUGGGAUAAGCAUGUUGAUGGGGUCACAUUUUUCUUAUUAUACUCAGAGGACUCUAGUGGGCAUGCCUAUUGGUGACUUGGGGUUGUAAUAUUUCGGUGUAAAUUCAAUGAUCACUUGUGCAGUAGCUAGUUAUUAGGGGAGGACAUGUGGUUGUGAACCUAUGAGGUCUACUAGUACUGUAACACUUCUCUGUGUAAUAGAGAUGUCCAUGAAUUUGUAUUAUGAUUAAUGAGCUGUUCUCUGUUCCUAA